CAGGAAUACCAAUGUGACAAUGAGGAUGAAGCCUGUGCCAACCUCGGUAUCAAGAAGGAGAACCCCCGACUCGGAGGCAUGAUCCGAGGGACUGCAUUGAUGUUUUGGCAGCCCGUUUGUAUAAACCGUAUUAUGGAGAUAAUGGCCCUGGGCCUAGUCCUAGGCGCAAUAAUCGCUGAUGUUGUGGGCGUGGGUAAAACAUGGGAGGCUGUUGGCUUCCUGCUACAUGUGAAAAAUGGCACGGAGCCAUCAAUAGGCCAUCCGACUCUUAUCGUUGUUCCGCCCCAUCUCAUAGAUCAGUGGGUGGACGAGAUCAGCUCCAUCACAGACAGUUUCAACAUCCUGCUGUAUUACGGAGACGGCCGCCGACAAGGCGCAGAAUUUAUCAAAGACAACCUUACCCACAAGCACUCGAUAUUCACAGGUGGAAUUGAGAGUGCCUGGACCAUCAUCAUUACAUCGUACCAGACGCUCGAGAGCCGACAUGGUCCGCAAGCCGUCAAGGCAUGGUGCGCCAAGACAAAGCGUGAAUAUGAUUCAUCGAAUCCAAGAAUGCCCAUCAGCUUCCCCCAUCACCUGAGUGGCCUCUUUGCGAUUGCUAUCUUUGACGAGGCACACAUGCUGCGCAAUCCCCUGUCAGGUUUGUCCCUGGCAUGUGCUUGGCUGAACGCCGGAUUCAGACUGCUACUCACCGCGACCCCGUUUUAUAAUGGUUGGACGUUACAUCGGCUUGGUGCAAUGUGUGCCGCGGCAGGCUGGCAACCAGCUGAUCAAGCAGAUUAUGAUGAUGGUGGGAAUGACUUUCUUCCUGAGAAACUUGUGGAAACGUGCACACCCAUUUCACAACGGACUGGUACGUCGCAGAAACAAGAGACCAAGCAGGCCUACUUCAAGGAUGUGAUCGAAGAUGCAGUCAAUUCAUGGAACCUCCACUGUGGGCACUGGUGUAUUUGA